AUGAAUACUGCUGCUAAACCGCCACGUCCAAAACCAACAUCGAGUAGUACAACAACGGUAAAAUCGAAAAUUGGCAAUAAUGGAACAUCGACAGAUACACGAUCAAGAACUAUGCGAUUAGGGUCAACAUCAUCGGCUGGAACAAGUUCUGCUGCAUCUCGUCGAUCUCGUUCAUCUUCUGGUAUCCCUCAUCCGUUGCCACGAUCUCGUUCACAACUACCUAGUUCUGUAACAGGUGUGACAACAACAUCAGGUGAAAAUCCAAAUGUUGUACAUAGUGUAACUGCUGCUUCCAGUGGUGCAGUUGAUGAAGCGAUAUUUCUCGAAGCAUUUGAAUCGACAUCGGAAGUUCAAUUAUUAUCUGGAAAAGAUGUUGAACAACAAUUAUCAAAUAUACGUGAUACAUUGGCGGAUACGAAUACGGACUGGGAGAAAAGAAUAGACACUUUAAAACGAUUACGAUCAAUUAUUAUUAGUGGUGCAUUGGAUUAUGAUGAAUUUUUUAAAAAUAUUCGACAACUUGAUUUACCAUUAGCAGUAACAGUUAAAGAUUUACGUUCACAAAUUGUUAGAGAAGCAUGCAUUACAUUGGCUUUUAUGUCUGUUAAAUUAACAAAUCGUUUUGAACGUACAGCUGAAGAUGUUAUUCCAGCAUUAAUGAAUCUUAUACAAAAUAGUGCAAAAAUAAUAGCAAGUAGUGCAGUUGUUGCCAUGCGUUUUAUUGUGGAUAAUACUCAAUCAUCCAAAUUAGUGCCACUUAUAUUAGCAAGUUCAGAAUCAAAAUCAAAAGAAAUAAGACGGCACACAUGUGAAUUAUUAUUACACAUGUUAAAUCAUUGGGAUCGUACCCAAUUAGAUAAACAUAGUCAAUUAAUUCAUGAUGUAAUCAAAAAGAGUUUAUCAGAUGCUGAUCCAGAAACAAGACAGGGUGCAAGAAAAGCAUUUGGUUUGUUUCGUGAAAAUUUUCCACAAUUAGCUCAUAAGUUAUUAGAUACAUUAGACGCAUCGAAGAAGAAAACUCUUUUGGGUGAAAUGAGUAAUUCAUCUAGUACACAUUCAUUAGCAAGUAAUGGACGAUUGAGAAGUGCAAAAGAAAUUACAUCUAGACAUCCAUCAGGAAAUGAUAAACAAUAUUCACCUGGUGCAUUAGGACGUUCUUCAAGUGCCAAUGAAUUAGCGUCAAGAAAUCUUGCAAAAAAUAAUGCACUCUCCAUGACAACUUCAAUAACACCAGUUGCUCCAUCAUUAGCUAAACCACGUCCUGUGCAAUCGAAAUCCGCAUAUAAAUCAUCUUCGACUAUCACAGCGUCUUCUGGAUCUCGACCACCAGUUACUUCACAAUCACAACCAGGAAGUCGUUCAACAUCGCCUACGUUAAAAUCUCAUUAUUUAACACAUCAUAAUAAUAAUCGAACACCAACAAAUGGUCGUUCAAGAAUACCAAUGCCAGGAAAAAUAUCCAGUAGAGAAUCAAGUCCAGGAAGAACACGACCAUAUGGAAUGCGCCAAGAAAGUGACUAUGAUCCAAAUCAUUUUGGUGUGUCUAGUCAACGUCGUGGUGUAUGGAGCGCUAACAGCGAUGAUAAUGCAUCGGAAACAUCAAGUAUAUGUUCAGAACGUUCAUUAGAAUCGAAAAGUUCAAAAAGAAGAUUAUCUACUCAUAGUUCAAGAGAAUGGAUUGAUAAAGAGGAUGUUGCUGAUGUUUUACGCCGAAUGUCAAGUAAUGAAUGGGCAGAACGUAAAGAAGGUUUAACAACACUUCAUCAUAUGAUUCGUUCUGGUCGAGUUUUUAGUGGACCAGAAAUCAAACGGAUAACAGAAACAUUUUCAAAACGUUUUCAUGAUCCUCAUAGUCAAGUAUUCACAGUCUUUCUUGAUGUAUUACCAGAAUUUAUUAUCAGUUACAAGCGAGAGAUAAAUGAGUGGCUCUAUACAUUACUGACAAAAUUAUUGACUCGAUUGGGAAAUGAUCAUUUAGAAUCAACAUAUAAGAAACUGAAAAAUUGUUUAAAAGUGGUCAAUCAAUCAUUUGAUGUCCAUCAACAAUUUACUAUCUUAACACGUUUCAUUAAUGAUAAUUCUUCAGCACCUGGAAUAAAAGCAAAAGAAGUUUUAUUAAAACAUUUACAACAAAUUAUUCAACAUAUGGAACCUGUUGACAUUGCCAAUAAUGCUGAUGUUAGAAUUGCACUAUCUAAAAUAAUGAAUUGGUCAGUGGAACCAAAAUCAAAUGAAGUUAGAAAGGCAGCACAAGGUGUUGUUUUGGCAUUGUACAAUUUAAAUCGACCAGAAUUUACACUUAUGUUAACCAGUCUACCAGAUACCUAUCAAGCUGCCGCUUCUAAAAUUAUUCGAUCGGUAACGGACAAGUAUUCGUCAACACCCUCAAAUCAAGAUAUGAAUUUUCUUCAACAUUCAAACAGUGGCAGUCUAUCUUCCAUGACAACAUCAGUGAAUUCGUUAUUAAAUUCUGAUAAUAAUCAUGAACAAUCAUAUCGACAAACAUCUCAAACGACGUAUUUAACUGAUAUGAGAGUUCUUAUGGAAAAUAUGCAAGCAUUGAAUAUUAAUCAUAGAAAUGACGAGUUAUUGACUGGUUCAAACUCAUUAAAAGAUAGUGGAUUUCAAGAUAUGGCUGUGAAAAAUGGUCGACAAUAUACGCCACAGUUAUAUAGAUCAAAUAAUUCACAUAAUACAACAGAACAGUCAGAUGUAAGAAGUAUAUUGAAUGCCCCUGAUCGUACAGCUGCCAUUGAUUCAUCUCUUGACAUUAUCAAUAAUACAUCAUCAAAUAAAGAACAGCGCCAUAAUGCCAUGCGUUGUAUUUUAAAAUUUUCCAAAGUGAAUGAUACUGAAACAUGGGAUAUUGCAUUUACAAAAACAUUAAAUGUUUUGACACAUAUUUUAGAUGAUGAUAACGAUGAGAUAAUAUGGAAAGUAUUUAGUUUGAGAAUAAUUCGUGAACUAUUGAUUCAUCAUACUGAUUUAUUUAUGAAUUAUGUUGAGUUGACUAUCAUUCGAAUAUUGAAGGCACAAAGUGAAACCGAAAGUGAUAUAACACGGGCGGCUGAGGCUGCUGCAUUAGCAGCUGCUGAAUAUUUGCCUUCAGAAGAUUGUGUACGUGUAUUAAAACCAAUUAUUGAAACAGCUAAAUAUCCAAUGAAUCAAGCAGCCAUAACAAUGUUGCAAAAAACAAUUGAAUUAAUGAAUAAAGAUGUUUGUGCAAGAUUAAUGCCAGAAAUGAUUCCACCAUUACUUGCUUCAUGGGAUAGUGAAACCUCGAGUGUGCGAAAAGCAGCUGUAUUUUGUUUAGUGGCAGUUUUCUUGGUUGUUGGUGAAUCAUUACGAACAUAUUUACAAAAAUUAAGUGCAAGUAAAUUAAAAUUACUGAAUGUUUAUAUAAGCAAAGCGGAACAACAGCGGACAACGGAAAAGAAUACAAAUUCUUCGUCAUCACCAACAACGAUUACAAAUGGAAAAUUUUAA